UCUUUCCCAGCGUAGCUUAGUAACUCUAAAGUCUGAGACAAUUGAGUAUCUUUUUUUCUGUUUCCAGGUUUCACCAAGUUCUCAUCUCGCUGAGAGGGCACCUUACAUCAGAGAACCACAGAAUGGCUGAGUUCGGCAGGGACUGCCUGGCCCAACCCCUUGUCCAAGCAGGGGUGCCCAGAACAGUGUGCCCAAGAACAUGUCCAGGCAGCUUCCGAAGAUCUCCAUGGAGAAGACUCCACAGCCUCUGGGCAACCUGUGCCAGUGCUCCAUCACCUGCACAGCACAGAAGUGCUGCCUGAUAUUUAGAUCAUAGCUUUGCUUAGUUGCUCAAGGGAAGAAUAUAUCCUAAGAAGAGGGUAAUUUCCUGUUCUGAUUAGAUAUAAGCAGUGAGUGUCUAGUAUUUCACAGGUGGUUUUCAUUACUUUAAGUAUUCUUAACCAUAACCAAUAAAAAAAUUCUGUAAUAUAGAUCGAUUUCUGAUUGAAGAUGCUCAUGCAAGUUGUGUGUACUGGCCAUUUAUGGACUUUGACUGACAUAUUUGUCAUCAGAGGCCUCACAAUGAAAAGUCAAGCUUACCAUGAGUUAAUGAGCAGGCCAAACUCCCAGCAGUGGGGAGGGAGCACAUAGAAUCAUAGAGUAACCGGAGUUGGAAGGGACCCAUAAGCAUCACUGAGCCCAAUUCCUCAGAAAUAGGAAUAUGCUUUUCUGAUCUGAUAAGAUUCAACUAAAAGCCAAAGUCAAUUCUACAUGGGUUUAUAAUAUCAAGUAGGUUACUUCAAAUUUAGCAGACUAAUUUCUGCUACUGAGAGCUAUGUUUCUAAUUAAGCAACAAAUUUCUCCUGCAGCUACUUUGUUUUAAAUUCAUUUUGGUGGCCCUGUGCCAAGAGAAUCAUUGGCUGGCCAUUGGGCAGAUCACCAUAUAUUGUGCAACACUAGAGCAUGCGAGAGGAGACCAGAGCUGAGUGUGCAAAGUUCCCUGCCUACAAGAUUCUGAACUUGUUUUGUUCUUGAACAUCUGGAUGAAAAUUUCUCAAACUCAGCUGCUACCCACAGACAAAGCUGACUUGGGGUCCCUGUGCUCCUGCUCCUAAGGGAGCCCACAGCCAAAAUGCAUAGCUCAGUGCUGGGCAUGAGCAUGGCCUUUGUGCCAAUACAUCUACACUGAGGAUCCCUGAGCACCUUACGGUCAGCAUCUGUUGACUCUUUUAAGCAGCCCUCACAGUACAGAUAGCUCCAUGUGGGCAAACUAUGGCACAACAUACUGUGAACAUACACAAAUUUUGUACACAAGAUGGCUCAGAAGAGGAGCUCAAGUGGACGGUCAUUCCCAUUAUUGUUGUUGAUUAUUGUUGUGGCCUUUGUUCAUUUAACUGUCUGCCCAUUUACAAAAGUGGAAGAAAGCUUUAACCUACAGGCUAUCCAUGAUGUUGUGUACCACCAACUGGACUUGGAUAAGUAUGACCACCAUGAAUUUCCUGGAGUUGUCCCAAGAACGUUUCUUGGACCGAUCUUUAUUGCUGCUCUUUCCAGCCCAGCUAUAUACAUACUUUCCCUGUUAAAAAUGUCCAAGUUUUACUCCCAGCUGAUUGUCCGAGGAAGCUUGGGGCUCAGUGUGAUUUACACGCUAUGGAAGUUGCAAAAAGAAGUUAGAAAGCAGUUUGGAGCAACUACAUCAACAGUCUUCUGUCUCAUAACUGUUACUCAGUUUCACUUGAUGUUUUACUGUACACGAACCCUUCCCAAUGUAUUUGCGCUUCCUUUUGUGCUGUUGGCAUUGACAUUUUGGAUACAGCAAAAGCAGAGGCCAUUCAUUUGGUUCUCAGCUUUGGCAAUUAUAGUCUUCAGAUCAGAGCUCGCCAUAUUCUUAGGCCUCAUGCUUCUAGUGACAUUUUUAACCAAAAGGAUCUCUGUUUUAAAGAUACUUUCCCAUGCUGUUCCUGCUGGAUUUUUUUGGUUGGGGUUAACAGUAGCCGUGGACUCUCUGUUUUGGAGGCAGCUUGUGUGGCCUGAAGGGAAAGUACUCUGGUAUAAUACAAUCUUAAACAAAAGUUCCAACUGGGGAACAUCCCCCUUCUUUUGGUAUUUCUAUUCAGCUCUGCCUCGUGCUUUGGGAUGCAGCAUUGUAUUUGUACCUUUAGGUGCAGCAGAAAAGAGAACUCGGAUAUUACUUUUGCCAGCAUUGGGCUUUAUUUUCUUAUAUUCAUUUCUUCCACACAAGGAGUUGCGCUUUAUCAUAUACACUUUCCCUGUCUUCAACAUAGUAGCUGCUAAAGUGUGCUCACGAAUUCUGAAUAACUACCGGAAAUCCUGGCUGUACAAACUCGGAUCUUUAUUUGUUGUAAUGCAUCUUCUAGUUAAUGCUGCUUAUUCUGGAACUUCUCUGUAUGUUUCACAUUUCAAUUAUCCUGGAGGAGUAGCAAUUCAGAAGCUGCAUGAGUUGGUACCUUCAACAGCAGAGGUCUCUGUUCAUAUUGAUGUAGCUGCAGCACAAACAGGAGUCUCUCGGUUUCUAGAAAUCAACUCAGAUUGGAGGUACGACAAAAGAGAGGAUGUUAAACCAGGAGACCAACUGAUGUUUUCUUAUACACACAUACUGAUGGAAACAAACCCUCUUCAGAUAUCACAUUACAAGACAACCCACAGGCCGCUGGCAAAUAUUCCUGGCAUCAGUAAAAUUGGGUUGAACCUUACUGCACUACCUCCUUUUACUUUAAACUUAAAACCAAAAUUAGUACUGUUGGAAAAACUUCCUCUGUCAUCUUGACUGUGAAUUUUAUGUAAGUCUUUUGAUGUAAUGUUGCUGAUGACUGAAUGAUCUAUGACAACAGCAAAUUAUCAUUCCAGCACUGCAGUUCAGCUUCUGUGAAAAGGUACAGAAAAUCUUUGCAUUGAUCAGUAUUUAGCUCCAUCCUGUUUAUUACAUGAAUACUAUAAUGCAUUCCUAGUCAGUAUAAACUCAAAUCUGAGUUAGAUAUUAUUAGAUGUGUUUGAGAGAGGCUGCAUACAAGUUUAGUGCUAUUAGGAGAAAUGUUUACUUGGUUUGGGUAGCUGUUUCAUAAUGCAGCACAGGUAUGUCCUAAUUGUCCUAUAUAAGAUACAUAAUGGAACAAGAUCUUACUAUGGCAAUAAUUUUAUAUGUAAUCUGUGUGUGCAAAGAUGUAUUACUCGAUAUAUCUGCAGGACUGUAACCCGCUUAGUUGUCAGAUUGCCUGUGUGAAACUUGAACGAUGUUAUCAGCAUAGGAAAGCCAUAUUCAUUGUAGCUUCAUCACAGUACAUAAUUGUGCCCUGUGGGCUACCAAACUAAUUAAAGUGAAAGGUUCACUUAAAAAGCAUUUGGACCUCUUGGCAACACUGUUUUGUAACAGUAUUAAACAGUAUUAAAGAAUGGUUAUCUUUAUUUCAGUAGUUGAUGAAUGAGCAUUGAAACUUGGAUUUCACAGAAAAUAGCAUUUAAAAAGCUUUUUCCUCUCUUCUGCAAUUGUAUCUUAAUUUGCAGUGCAAAAGUUUACCUACAAAAACAUUUACUUGAAUACACUUGACAAAGAUAGGUGCUGUUUUAUUUCUGUAUUAAGUAGUCCCCUUGGAAAUGAAUAAAGUACCGUAUGUUAAAAUUGUAUAAAUUAGAAUAAAAUAGUAUGCUCUGUAA